GAGGAUAUAUGUGGUUUAAGAAAAUUAACAAAAAUACAAAGAUAAACAUUAACUUGUAUAUUAAUGAGGAUAUAAGCUUCAAGUUUAUCCUCCAAAAAUUUCUCAGUUAAGAUGGACAAGAAUAGCACCUCAGAACCAACCCACCAAGGCGAUGGCGUUGACAUCAAUGGGUUCACAUAUAUCAUUGUUUUUGUGAUUGGCCUCAUCUUCUUACUCCUCAGCGUAGGUAUUGCUUGUGUGCGCCUUCGCAUGUCUCAACCUCUCAACAUAUUCAACAUUCUGGCUGGUUUUCCACCACCUCGUAAUGCAGGAGAAGAAGAGUUACAAGACAUGGAACAAGGCAUUCGUGAUGGUCAUGAUGAUCAUAACAUGGACAAUAGUUUUGAGAGCUACCCGAAGCUAUUGUACUCUGAAGUUGAGAAAAAAAGUGAUUCUAGUGUCUCUUCUAGCUGCUCAAUUUGCUUAGGGGAUUACAAGGAAGCUGACACUUUGAGGAUGCUUCCUGAUUGUGGCCAUGUUUAUCACCUUGCUUGUGUUGAUCCAUGGCUCAGGUUUCAUUCUACUUGUCCCAUAUGUCGAAAAUCUUCUGUUCAAAGCUCCAUAAUAGUCUAGCUAGUUUUUGCCUUUAAUAUUGGGGAACCAUAUGUAAAUGUUUUGUGUAUAGCAUGCAUGUUUGGAUU